GUUACCGAGAAGCUGUAACGGAAGUGACGUAGUGCGUGCGCUGGUGGCGGUAUGGAGCAGCAGCAGCAGCAGCAGCAGCAGUUGAGAAAUUUGCGUGACUUCCUGUUGGUCUACAAUCGGAUGACGGAACUCUGCUUCCAGCGCUGCGUCCCCAGCCUGCACCACCGAGCUCUGGAUGCUGAGGAGGAGGCCUGUCUGCACAGCUGUGCUGGGAAGCUCAUCCAUUCCAACCAUCGCCUCAUGGCCGCUUACGUGCAGCUCAUGCCUGCCAUGGUACAGCGCCGCAUCGCAGACUAUGAGGCCGCCUCAGCUGUGCCAGCUGUUGCUCCUGAACAGCCUGGAACCUCGCCGUCAGGCAGCUAGCCAUCACCAACCCCCGGAUGGGAGGCACUGGAUGGACCCUCAAAUUGAAGGAGCCAGUGGACCUUGCUUGGGCUGGGUACAGCCUGUACAUAGAGAGUGAGGCGUUGCCUGAGAGCUGGGUACUGUUGCUCCUUUUUCUAGAGUUAAUAAACCCGCUUUUGUUAUGUUUGGUUUAUAUUCUGGGCAAGGAAGCUUUGCCCACUUUUUAGCACCAUCUUUUUUUAUUCUGUCGGUUAGUGCAUAUCUGCCGGCUUCAGCCCUGGCUGCAGAAAAAUUGCCUUCUUUGUAUAGAAGGAAACCUCAGCAUUCCCAGGAACCUGGUUAAAGCAAGGUCCGUGGGUACAAUUUUAAGGUUGGUAAUAGCAACGAGAAUUUGGUUCCUGCCCAGAAGACAGAGAAAAUGGGAGCUCUGUCUAGCUGUCCUUUACUUAAUCUGCUUUUAAUGGCUCACCUGUGAGCCAGAUGUGCAUUCAUUCAUAGCUAUUUUUUGUGGACUAUGCCUUACGAGAAGGAAUUGUGCCAGAUUUGGGGAAAGGAAGAAAUAUCCAAGGACAGUAGAUCAAGAGAUCACAGGGAUUUUAGGCACCACCUCCUGGGAAAUCAGUGGCUCCAGAACAGAGAUGAAACCUGUGAGAAUCCUGGGGUGUUGUGGCACUUCAGCCAUGUCCCCAAGGUGUUCUUUUCUCACUAUUUCCUGUCUUCCUCAAUGAGCAGUAAAACCUUAAAAUAAAGAAGGCGUGUGCUCAUCUUCAGGGGCAGUGAGAAAGGGGAAAACUUAGACUGUAUUCUGCAAUAUGGUCAGCCUUGAAGGAGAGAAACCCAAGGAAGUAGUAGAUGGUAGUGAUUAUGGGAAAAAAAAGGGAUAAAAUGAAAUCUUCAGGACCUCUUAAUGUUACCUUAAUGUCUCAGUGCUUAUCUAUAAUCUCCUAAUUCCAGCUCUUCUACCCUCUACCCCAUGUUGUUCCCACUGUGCCUGUCCUGUGAUUUCUAAUUCCAGCCUAUCCAUUCUUUCCUCAUUAUUGCCCCCUUGUGGAAUUUACUUCUGCAUUCAGCAGUCUGAAUGGCCUAUCAUUCCAUCACCCCAUUUUCUUGCUGCCCUUGUGUCCUUUUUGUAUCGUUCCAGUUGUUUAAUCUUUUCUGUUCCUCUAUUCAAACUGCUAGAGAAAAACACAGCUGUAUAAUGAAUGCUACUAAAUAUUAAAUGAAGGUCUCCAACUUCAACCAAGGACUCACUACCAGUAAGCAACCCUUGUGGGUUCUGGUCUAUUUGCUCUCCUUAAUCGCCAUGGCAGUUAUUUACAUCUUCACUGUUCUCCUUAAUCCCCCAUCUCACCCUCCACAGUCCCCCAACAGGUGACCAUGUCCUUUCAUUUUUUUACAGAGGCAAUGGAAACUCUUAGACAUCGGCACCCACAGUAAUAAAAAUAACUUCUUACAGUCACCCACAAAGCACACGUUUUCUCCCUGUACAGAUCAGGAAGUUGAAAUUCUGUAUGUGCAGUCCUUGUAUUAAAAUACAGACCUGACUUUAAAAUCCAUGGUUUGUUUUUUUUUACUAUACCAGAUUACCUCACAAAAUAAUAUCUGUUGAGCCCCCACUUUGUAUAGGUUCUGACGUUGGUGUAUGUCCUGCUUCAUCUUAGUUAAUCUUUAUGACAAAACUACAAGUCAUAGGUAUUAUCCCCACUUAACAGAUGAGGAAGCAAGAAUCCAGAAGAUACUAGAAGCACAUCUUGUACACAAUUACCUGUUGAGAAAAGUUAACUCCAAUCAGCUUUUUGCCUUUUUAGGGUUGGUGUUUCUGCCACUGUGGCUUCAGAACAUAACUGCCUACUCCUUUGCAAAGUCUGAUUCCUUUGAGGCUAUUCAAGUGUACCACUCUCCCUAUUUGUCCUUAGUAACUACUCCUAUCCUACUUUCCACUAAAUACCUAGCCCUUGGUCUUUCUAGCUACCUGUUGAUACUUAAUGUUUACAUGGGCACUCCAUUCAGAAUCUUGGUUUCUUAGUUUUUUUACCCAUUCUCCAAUGAUUUUCAUUCUCUUAGCUACCCAUUCCUGUAGUUAUAUCCCAGCUAUUGUCUUCAACUCACACUGCUCUAUUCAAAACACUAUUACUUGCAUCUUAUUCACCUACCAUAUUCCUCCCACUUUAUUUAUUGAACUAUUCUACUACCAUUCUUUGAUUUCACUGGAGCAGUCAGGUCAUUGCUUCUACCUUCUCUCCAUGAACACCUUCCUGUCUUUAGAUUCCUAUUCAAGCUUAAAUUCUGGUGAUCCUCUUGGAAUAGGCUGCAUUUGCUUAACUCGUCUCUUUUGGAUUCUUAGAUAAAAUGAAACAUUUGCGCUUCCAUUUGGAGAACUAAAAGCCACCCAAGGAAAUCACUAUAGAGCAGAUUUAUAGCACUAUGGACCUAUGGCUACCAGCUUCAAAUAGAGUCUCAGCCCCUAUAAUCCUACUGGAUUUUUCUAGUCAUCUCUCCUGCUUACUGCAAUGAGUAUUUCAAACCAGUAUUCUUAAGUCUUAUUAGCUCCCCCCCCCACACACACCAUUCUCUUCACUUCCUGAAGAUAUCAUUUCUUACUUCAUUGACAAAAGUAAAAGCUGUCAGUUGGGAACUUGCACAACAUCUGGCCACCAAAUUUGGUCACCCACCCACAUCUGCAUCGUUCUCCUUUCCUGUCUAAACAGGGCAAGCGUUCCUCUUAAGGCCAAUGCCUAUUCCUUUGCUCUGAAUCCUAGUCCUUCCUUUGGAAUCUCUGACUUUUUCCCACUUUACUAAAUUCGCGUCAGUAUUUAAACCUGCUGAAGACUCCCCUGUUAGAACAAACAAACCACUCUGUACCUCAUUCCCCCCCGGGCUGUCAUCCUCUUCUUUUCUACUGUACAGCUAAACUCAAAACAGUUGGAUACUUUAGCCCUCUCCAUCCCAUUUCUCUAUUCAGUCUGUUUUGACUUCUGUAAGCUUUAUUCUACUGAAAUGGUUCUUACUGAGAUCACCCUGGCUUACUGAGGAUAUGACCUUCAUAUCCCUGAAUCCAGUGGUGAUUUUCCAGUCCAGGCUUACUUCCCUUCUCAGUAGCCUCUCGUACGGCUAACUAGUUCCUCAUCGUCGACGGUCUUCCACUGGUGGCAGCGAUUCCACUCACACUUUUACUACUACCUCUUUGGCUGUAGCUUCUUAGCCUCCUUUGCAGGCCCCCUCACCUCCACCUCCAACUUUUAAAUUUAAGUUUCUCUAUGUCCUGUUGUUUCUCAGUCUGUUUUUUCUAGGAUUGUUUUCUUCCCCACUCUGAGCUCUGGGUACCAAUGAUUCCCAGGUCUCUCCUCCAAGCUAUUUGAUUGACAUCUCCAUUUAAGUGUCUCAGAAACAUCCCCAGCUCAACAUUGUUUCCUCAUGAACUUUCCUCCUAUGCCCAGUACUCAUUCAGUUGCUGAAGCUCGAAACCUCACUCGUCCCCUCACUCAAUUGCCAAACCCUAACAGUUUACAUUUCUAAAUAUCCCUUGAUUUUGUCUCGUCUCCGUGUUCACAGUCUCUCACCAGGAUUAUUGCAAUUGCUGCUUCUCCCCAUACCUACCUUUGCAAUCUGUUCUCCAUUCUUAAGCCAGAAAACACAAACUGAUGCCUAAAACUUUGCAAUAGCUUCCUAUUCAUGGGAUAAAAACUUGACAUUCUAUACAGGACCUACAAGGCCCUGCAUGACCAAGCUCCUGCCUACCUCAGCUUUAUCUUGUCAGUGACCCAGACCCUGGAUCAUUAGUACUGUUGUUGAAUUGAACUGAACCACACCUCACUCUCCCUGUCUGUGCUCUGACCACACUGGCCUUUGGAUUCCUUUAACCUGGCAUACAUUAUUCCAUCUCAAGACCUUUACACCUGCUGUUUCCUGCCUUGCAAUGCUUUCCCACUACCUAUUGAACUACUCAUUCUUGAGUACUUAGUUCAAAUACUCUUUCCUCAAUUCUUUCCAGACUCCGGCUCCCAUAAUUCUUUGUGUUUUUGGCAUUAGCACUUCUAACAGUUGCUCAUGAGGUCAGAGUCCUUGUUUGUAUUGCUAACCAUUGUAUCCUUAUCACAGUGCCUAGCACAUAAUACAUGUUCGAUAAAUAUUUGUUGAAUGAACAUCUUUCAGUAUCUUCUCUGCUCAUUCUGUGUACAUAAGAGAAAGGCUUUUAAUGAAAAGAGACAGAAGUGAAUCUAUACUUAACCUCUGCUGUUUUUUCCCAUAGCACUAUCACGUGUUAUAUACAGUAGUUUACUCAUUUUGUUUAUUAUGUAUUAUAUGUGUCCCCUUCUAGAAUAUAAGCUCCAUAAAUCAGGAGUUUUUGUCAGUGUUUUUGUUUUGUACACCGAUGGCACCAAACACCUAAAGUGGUGCCCAACAUAUUUGAUGAGCAGUAAAUAUUUGUUGGGUGAAUGAAGGCAAGAGAGAAUAAAUGCAAAGCAAAGGUCUAGAGCUUGGUUUUAGAGAAAGGAAGAGUACCUCUUAUAACAGGAAGGAGAGAGGAAUGGAUAAAAGCAGAUCUAAGUAGUUUUUUUAUUUGGUUUUGGAAUACUGAAAGUUCCUUUUAAAUAGCGUAUGUGAUGGUUAGUUUUAUGUCAAUUUGGCUAGGUUACAGUACCCAGUUAUUUAAUCAGACACUAAUCUAGGUGUUGCUGUGAAAGUAUUUUUAUAAAUGUGGUUAACAUCUACAAUUAACUUUAAGUAAACAAAAUUACCCUCAAUAAUGUGGGCGGGCUUCAUCCAAUCAAUUGAAGGCCUUAAGAGCAAAAACUGAGGUUUCCCUUAGAAGAAAUUCUACCUUAAGACUGCAGCAUUAACUCCUGAGUUUCUAGAAUGCUGAAGUAUCCUUCAGAUUUUGCCAGCCCCCACAAUCGUGUGAACCAGUUCCUUAAAAUAAAUCUCUUUAUGGAUAUACACUUG